UUUACGCAACAAAAUAUAGCGGCCAUACCCGCGAUCACCAUAUGCUACCCCACCUUCCUAUCCAUGGAGCUCAUGGCCAUGAAGUACCCUGAACUUCAGCCCACAUACGAUGAAUACCUUGGUCUUGUAGAAAAUAUACCUGAUACCCAGUUCACGAACAAGACAUUUAUGAAUAUAUUAUUUCACAAGUAUUACGGCGUGUUUGCAGCAAAGUUUAACUCAGCAUAUAGUAUGUCGUUGGAAAGCAUACACGAUAUUAGUAUACCGUUUAAGCAGUUUCGUGACGAUAAAAAUGAGCUCAAUUACCCUGUUGAUAUCACUGUAAAGGGUGUACAAUACGACGAGAAUGGAUAUGGAAAAACUGUACUAAAGGACAUGGAUCCUAUUGAAUCUUACUCGUUUGGUAAGUGGCGUGAGGGUACAAAAUGUUUCACAUUUUUUAGCCAUUUAAAUCCAAAAUGGCGUGGAUACAAGUUGAUCGUCGAAAAGAUUAAGAUUGAUACCACGCUCACUUUACGCUGGUACCCAGUAAAUGCGAAAAUGCGCAAGGCACUCAUGUUUGCCAUGCAUUCGCCCAAUGUGAUACCGCAACGAUCUAAUUUUAACUCGUUCAUUGACCUUGACAUGGGUACGGAGAUACAUGUGACAUCAUUGUAUGGCGUGCCAUUUAUCGGGAUCAUACGAUUGUACCAGGUGCAUCCCUAUAUCUGGCAGGCUAUGGAGGGCAAACACUUUGCACCCCGAUAAUAAUAUAACAGUAUGCGAGUUUGUAAAGCAACAAUUUUCGACUGACCAUACUCACUAUAAUGUAACAGACAAUUCGGAAUUGCAAAUCUGCAAGGUAAAUUUAUUUUAUAAAAUGGACGGCUUAUGUGUGGACAGGUGUGGCCUGGAGUGUGUGAACAGGUAUUACAGUCUGGAUAUUAAGUCCGUAGACGAAGUAGGCCAACCAUACAUAUG